UGUGAUCCAACCAGGGGCCUUACCAGAACACCCCAGCUAUUAGCUAAAUCCAAUAGGUGUUGCGGAUUUUCUAACUUCCAGGAGUAGACCCUCUACUUCCACGUAUUCGCUACACAGACCGUCAGCAAUUUCAACAAAAUCAAAAUUUACUUUCUUGGAUUCUGCACCUUCUUCUCAAUCCUAAGUUUGGUGUAGCAUGGUUAGGUACUUUGAGGGGAAGUGACAAAGAUAGACAAUGAGCAGGUCUAGAAGGUUCUUGAAUGAAAGGGCUAGGGGAGAUGGGAUGAAACUUAUUGAUGAAAGAGGUGGAACAAGUGUUCUUGAUCAUGAAAUUUCCCAACUUACAAAGAUUAGGUCAAAUCCCCAUGAAAGAAUGAGACACCUGCUUCCUGGCAAGGGAAAAGAACCAGUUUCAUCUGUUAAAAUGUUGGCUGCUAGAGAAGGGAAUUAUACAGGCAGAGGAAGAUUUUCGUCAUCUGAUUGUUGUCAUCUUCUGAGCCGGUAUCUUCCAACAAAUGGUCCUUCUGUAGUUGACCAAAUGAGGAGCUGUGCUUAUGUUUCACAGUUUUCGACGGAUGGUUCUCUUUUUGUUGCUGGAUUUCAGGAAAGUCAUAUUAGGAUAUAUAAUGUUGAUCAUGGCUGGAAAAUCCAGAAGGAUAUUAGAGCAAAAAGUUUGAGAUGGACAAUCACUGAUACGUCGCUUUCUCCUGAUCAACGUUUUCUUGUUUAUUCCAGUAUUUCACCCAUUGUCCAUAUUGUUGAUGUUGGAUCUGGCAUGAAACAGUCUGUUGCAAAUGUUACGGAAAUUCAUGAAGGCUUGGAAUUUUCUUCCCCUACCUAUGAUUAUGACAAUUAUACAUUUGGAAUAUUCUCUGUGAAGUUCUCUACUGAUGGGCGAGAACUUGUUGCUGGCAGCAGCGACAGUUCAAUAUAUGUUUAUGAUCUUGAAGCAAAAAGGCUAAGUCUCCAAAUUCCGGCUCAUACGUCUGAUGUUAAUGCUGUAUGCUUUGCUGAUGAAACUGGACACCUCAUAUAUUCUGGAAGCGAUGAUAGCCUGUGUAAGGUUUGGGACAGGCGUUGUUUUGGUACUAGAGAGCAAGCAGCUGGGGUUCUUAUUGGACAUCUAGAAGGCAUUACAUAUGUUGACACUCGAGGAGAUGGCCGGUAUCUUAUCUCAAAUGGGAAAGAUCAGGCUAUCAAACUCUGGGAUAUAAGGAAAAUGUCUUCUAACAUUAAUUACUCCCCAAGGCCUAGAAGUUAUGACUGGGAUUACAGAUGGAUGGACUACCCAGAGCAUGUUAGAAACAAGAGAAAUCCACAUGACCUGUCAUUGGCUACUUAUAAAGGCCACUCAGUCUUGCGCACUCUUAUCCGCUGUUAUUUCUCUCCUGCACAUAGCACAGGGCAGAAGUUCAUCUACACUGGAUCAAGCGAUUCUUCUGUCUAUAUCUAUGAUGUGGUGAGUGGAGCUCAGGUUGCAAAACUUGAUUACCAUCAGGAGCCGGUGAGAGACUGUAACUGGCACCCUUACUACCCUACGCUCGUUAGCUCUGGAUGGGACGGUAUCAUUGCUAAGUGGGAGUUUUCUAGUACUGAUACAAGCCCAUUGCCAAAGAAGCCGCUAUCCAGACUAUGGAGGCGAUCUUAGCAUGCAGAAAGAUGCUAUUGGAGUACACACUGAUUGAAAAUUCCAAAUCUCAAGUAGGUCUGUUCAUGUUCUUUCUGCAUAUCGACAUGUAGCCGUGUACUCUGGUUGUCCCUAACGGGAUAGUCCAAUGGCGCGAUAGGUCAGAAUGUCGCGAGUUCAAAUCUUACUGGUUGCCUAGUUGAGCAUUUG